GGGAAUAACACUCGAAAUGUAAAUAAGAAAUACUCAAGUUAAUUUUAAAAAAAAGAAAGAAAGAAAAGUAUUUCUCGGAAAUUUAAAAAAAAAACUUUAAUUCUAGAGCUUCUGGGCUCUGCGUGUCCUUGUGAAAGUUAAUCUCACAGUACAACUUCUCAAAACUGUCCCGUGUAACACCAAGAAAAACAAAUAAAACCCCAUGAACUUCAUUCUUUACACAGAAUAAGAAAUCUGAGACUUGGGGCUGGGGGGACGUUAAAUUCUGUGUACAAAAAUACCAACAAAAUUUGAAUGCAGAUAAUUCUUUAUCCAGAUCACUUCCUUUUGAGAAUAGAGUAGGACCCAGACACAGGUAUGCAAAUUAAGAGACUAGAAAAAGAAGAGCUAGAGUGGAAUCAGCCUCGUUCCUAGUUGGUGGUGGGGAGCAUGAAGUCUGAAGUGACCAGGACAGUCCUGCUAGAUCACAGCAGGAGUGGGAGCUCAACAGGUCCAGGCAAGGGGCAUCCCAUGUGUGUCCAGAAGUCCUGGCAUCCCAAGGUUGCCCUGCCGUGCAGCUCUGACAGAUAAUGGUUAACAUUGCUACCCUGACACUAACUAAUGUCACAUUGCUCUCUGUAUAAUGAGUCAGUUCUUCCCCAAUGUUUUUGAUCUCGGAAUCCCAUCCAAAAUGCCUAUUACAUGGAGCUGUCACAUUUCUCUUUGCCUGAGAAUGGGCCUUUUAUACACAUCUUAAAAAAUUAAUUCUUGGUGAAUCACAUGCAUUAUAUUUUGAUCCUGUUUACUCUUUCCCUACUCUGCACAGAUGAACCAACCAUUCCUUAGUCACUCAAAUUUGUGCCUUCAUUUGAUAUAUUUAAACAUUUCGUGAGUUUCACGCAUAAAUACUGUUUUUACAUCAUUUCCACGUAUCCCCUAGUUCCUCCUAUGUCUCACUUAUUCUUCAAAUUCAUAACCUCCCCUUUAAUUAUCAUUGUUACAUAUGUCUAUGUUGCAUAUGUAUGAUACAUAUUAUAGAACAUGUAUUAUUAUAGGUGUGUGUGCAUAUGAACACAACAUCCUGAAUCCAUUUAGUACUGGCCUUAUUGAUAAAGAUUUGGAGCUGGUGUGUUUGCAACUGGAUAACCUAUUAGGGGUCUUGUCUCUGGAGAACACCAGUGCUCCUUUUCGCAACAACCAUUCAUUUCCUACAGCACCACGCAUAUGUAGGGAGGGCAUUCUGAGUCAUUACCGAAUUCGUGGUGGUUCAUACUAUACCAUAACAUAUUCUGUAUAAGUUGGGGGCUUGGGUGCCUCAAAAGUCAGUUCUCAGUGUUGGGGUUACAUUCACAUUACAACCUUGCCUUCUUUGGGUACCCAAGCCAUUGCGUGCCCCAAUGAAAUUCAGGAUGUGAAUGUGGCAAGUUCCCACUCACUCUAGAAGACUUUCACCCAAAACAAAAACCAACCAGGUCAUGGGAUGACAGCAGAGAAUGUCAGAGAGGGGAAAGUGAACAGAGCAAGAAGUCUGCACUGACACUGAGGUUAAGGACUGUCAUCUUUUGCUCAAGGGGUUAAAUGCAAACAUUGGUUAUUGACCACUUAAAUGAACCAUGUCCUAAACUCAGUCUUCCACAAGUAAAUUCAACACAGAAGAGUUCCUCGUGGCACAUUCUCAAGGGAAGUACAUGGAAUACUGGAGAAGUAAGCAAGAAAAGGAAGCAAUUGGACUUUUUGGUAAUGUCAAAUCUUGUGACUGGCAUCUCUAUGGUGAGUUAUCUUCAGGCGUGGGAGGAAGAGAUAAGAUUAGGAGGACCUCAGAGCUCCUAGAUUAAAACCUAGAAAAAACAUCCUCAUGUUCUGCUGAAUGGCUUAGUGCAUGUAGCCAUGUUCUUCCUUUGAAGCUUUACCUUAACCCCUUCCACACACCAUUCUUCAAGGCAAACUAACAUUUGGAGAUGGAAUGACCUAAAAUACAUUUUCACCUGCCUUCUGUUGCAUCCCCUGCAGGGCUGGGUUGAGUGCAUCAGGCUUUCUGCAGAGAUGCUUGACUCCUCUGUGCUCUCCCUACACCACUGUCUGCCUGGGAAGCUGAGGCCUGUCUCAUGAACCUCUCAGUCUUCUCACAGAUACAGGGAACAUUAUGAGUCCAGGAAGUGGACAAGCUCCCACUGCAUCCAGUCUCAGUGUGUUCCCAACACUCCUCUACCAACACAUUCACCAGGGAGGGCAGACAUCAGCACGGACUGGGGGAAGGUGUUUCUCAUCUGCAGAAGAGUUCUCCUUCAUUAAGCAGGCAAUGUGGAUUUUAGAUGAUUUCAGGAAAAUAAUGUAAUGAGGAAGCCAGUUUCCUUUCUCCAUGUUCCAACAGUCAUCCUGUCUCCAGCCAAACAUGGUAAAUAUCUCCCAUACUGGAACAUCCCUCUGCAGCUCCCCUCACUCUUGAGCUGCAGCCCCAGUGCUGACUCCUGAAUCUAUAGACCUCGGAGCCCUCUUGAGCAUGUCUCUGCUGCUCUCCAGCCUGCAGAUGAGGGCCACAUACUGCAUUCAGAGUCUCUCAUCAAAGCUACUAGUGACAGGAAACACUGGAGGAUUCUCACACAGGGCAGUAGUAGGGUUAAGGUUAGGCAUUUUAGAGUUACUUUUAUGCAGGUGUACCUCCAUUAUUUUUAAAAUUUUCUUUCAAUUCCAGAAAUUCACUGUUAUCCUGUUUCCCUCUCACCCGAAACAGAUCUGCAUACAUCUCAUUUGAAAAGAAGAAAAGCACAAAUUAUAUUUUUGAUACAGCGUGAAGCUCAGGACGCUGUUGACAAGACCCCACAUUGAACUUCUAAGCCUUGGACAGGCCCUGGUUCUUUCUGUGAUCUCAGCCUUGGAUUUCUCCUGGAAACAUCAUGUGAUGAUCUUGGGGUGAUGAUAAUGGUUUAAAGGUCUUCUGAGACAUGUGGGGGUAAGACAAAUCUCCGACAUCAUGUAUCUCUCCUCUCUAGGAAUGUUUACACCAUCUCCUACUGAGAAAAAGGGAGAAGCCAGCAGGCCAGAUAAGUAAGGAUAGGUAAUGCCUUUUGUGACUUCAGCCACAUUUCUGCACCCAGUGCAUAUAAAUGAGGAGAUCAGCUGAGCUCUCAGUGGAGGCCCUUCCUGGUAAGAUGAAGUCCAUCUUCUUCAGCCUUUCUCUGCUCCUCCUUCUGGAGAAGCAAGCAGCCGGGAUAGGAAUCUAUGGUGAGUGCAGGGAGCCUCCUGGCAGAGAGGCGCUCAGGGAGAAUGUCCAUGAGGGUGUUCUGGCAGUGAGGAGAACCCUCCAUGGGGUGAUCUUCUUGAUGGACUCUGAGUCUUCUCCACCCACAUCCACAUGCCUGUGGGAACGUCAGUGGGUUGAUGGGGGAAAUUCUGGGAUAGACCUGAAAGGGAGCAGAAAACUUAACUCAGAUUCUUGUUAUCCAUUACCAGGUGGGACAAAAGGACACUUUCUAGUAAAAACAUCCCCACUCGUAUUUAUCGAUAAAGGCCAGUUCCUCUAUGGACACAGAGAAGAACAGGAAGAGGCCCCUGAAGAAAGCAUCCUUGUGCAAACUAAGCACCAUGUAUAUAGCCAGGAUGCUGACGCUGACACGGCAGAGGCUCACGGAUCACAAAAGCAGACAGGUUUGAAGGAAGACAUAGUGUGUGAUGAAGAAGAUGAGCUUGCCCAACAAAAGUCCCAGCUGAAAUCCCAGUCACAAAUAAAAUCCCAAACCCAAGUAAAAUCCCAUGAAGCCCAAGUGAAGUCCCAAACAGGGCAGCUAAAGACCGCGGGGCAGGUGAAAUCACAAACCAAGCUGAAAUCCCACGGAGCUUCUCUGAAGUUCUACAAAGCACCACUACAUCUCCAGAAAGACGUUUCUCAGCAGCAAAUCAAGGGCAAAGGAUAUGACCUGCAUCAAGACCUGCCCCAAGUGCGCCAACAACAUGCAAACGUUCACAGACUCAAAAGAAAGCUUGGCCAGUCCAGUAAAACAGUAGCAUUCUUACCCAUUAGACACCGCUUCCAACCCUAUCAUGGGUACUUUACGCAAUUCCAAGAGCAUCUACAUGGCAGUGUUCAUCACACAAAAUCUUUCCACCAUGGUCCGGGAAUGUGCUACUGUCCAAAUGGAGGCUUAAUGCUAUACCAAGGCAUCUUCACUGAAUAACACAUUCGUUAAUCUCUCAAGAAUUAAAACACGUGUAGAGGAGUCACCUGACCUGUGUGGACUGUGCGGUUCUUAAGAUGCUGACUGCCGUGUGGUCCUCAACACCUUGCACGGAUGCCAUGACCCACUCACACAUUCCUUCCAGAGACUUUCUAAAGUUGGAGCAACCUCACGCAGGUGCCCUCCAAUAAACAGAGCCUUCCCGACACCACUUUCCUUUGACUGUCAAAAUCUCCAAGUUCCUAUUGGCUUUGGUGCUUGGAUGGCAUCUUUUCAAGUAAUAAACUCAAAUUGAAAGAACAGAACACUCUUGUAGAGUUACACAGAAUAGAAAACAAGUGUUUCCCAAUAAAGACAUUGUUUUGGCA